GUAUCGCCCACUCCUACGGAAACACCGGUACAGCUGAAGCCUCAGCACAGUGUGGAAGUAAUUUAAGGCAGAGUGAAGCUGGAAACAGUCAUCGGAUCGACUCGUGCGGCCUGGCAGACAUCGGUAAAAUAUCAGAAACGCUGGAUAAGCUUAAUCUUGUUGAUUUGAAUGGACAAGGCAGCCAGAAGUUUACAGCCCAGCUAGGAAAGCCCAGUAAAGUUCCCAUAAUGCCUGUGAAGAAGAGGAAACUGCCUGACUCCGAGGAACACGGGCACAAGUGUAAAAUUACAAGUUUCACUCGUCCUCAGGUCCGCGGCGUGAAGCCCAACGGCACCGAAAGGCAGUUUUCCAGUAAAAAGUGCCUGGCGUGGUUCCACAAAUACGCCGGCCCUGAAAAGGUGGUCGACCCGGAAGCCAUGGAGAAGUUCUGUGAAGAUAUCGGCGUGGAACCAGAGAAUAUUAUAAUGUUAGUUUUGGCCUGGCAUCUAGACGCGGCUAAAAUGGGAUACUUUACAAAAGACGAAUGGCUCAGGGGAAUGACAGUAUUACAAUGCGACGGCACGGAGCGGUUACAAAGCAAGCUGGAGUAUUUACGCAGUGAGCUCAACGACGCCGCGGCCUUCAAAAACAUCUACAGAUAUGCUUUUGACUUUGCCAGAGACACGAACCAGAGGAGUUUGGACAUGGAAACCGCUACAUCCAUGCUGGCUUUGCUGCUGGGGAGGACCUGGCCUCUCUUUCCUGUCUUCCGCCAGUUCCUGGAGCAGUCAAAGUACAAAGGACUGAACAAAGACCAGUGGUACAACGUUCUGGAGUUCAGCAGAACCAUCAACACGGACCUCAGUAACUACGAUGAAGAUGGGGCUUGGCCUGUGCUGCUAGAUGAGUUUGUGGAGUGGCAGAAGACGCGGUCGGCCUCCAGGCUGCCGUACGUACCCAACAAAAGGGAAGGAGAGCGAAAACUAACGGCAGAGACCAAACAGCUGACAUGAGAAGAGGAAAAAAACGGGUUCUGGUCUCACCAACACAAAAAUCGUGCAUAACAUAAAAACAUGGACUGCAGAAAGAUCGCUGUGGACUCUUCACACUCGCAUCCUGUCCGAGGUCGUCUCCGCCUUCGUUAAACUGUUGCUGGGAGGCGUUCCUCUCAAUAUAAACCCGGUCGGUUCUCCUUGCGUUAAUUUGGAGAGAACGUGUAGAAACAAAAUGAGCUGAAGGAGUCGGGAAUAUGCUCCCUGCUAAUUAUUUUGUUUCACUUUUGUGUCUUGUUUAGAUGUUUUCACUGUUAUUAAAAGGAGCUUAAAGUA